AUGUCCGCCGAUAACACGACGCCCGUCACCACGACGGCGGGUGGUGAGAAGCCCGCUCACCUGGAACCCUCCAAGUUGGGCACGAAGGAGUACUGGGACGCCCUCUACACACGCGAAAUCUCCAACCACGCCUCCAACCCCUCCGACGAAGGAACGGUCUGGUUCGACGACUCGGACGCCGAGAACAAGAUUGUGCAGUUCCUCGACGAGCAAGAACACGAGCUCUUUUCCGGUAUCUUUUCGCGAGACGAUGCGGCGAUUAUGGACUUGGGGUGUGGUAAUGGCAGCCUGCUGUUCGCGCUGCACGAUGACGGUUGGGAGGGAAGGCUGUGCGGUGUGGAUUACUCGGAGCAGAGCGUGGAGUUGGCAAGGAGGGUGCUGAGGACGAGGGUUUUGGGAGAGGAUGUGCCUGAGUUCAAAGUCUGGGACGUCCUCAACGGCGACUUUUCCACUGUCCAAGCCCGCCCCCCAUCUUCCCAACAACCCCUAGAAGGAGACAAAAACGCCGGCUGGGACCUAGUCCUAGACAAAGGCACCUUCGACGCCGUCUCGCUCUCCGACUCGCGAGACUCUCGAGGCCGGCGAAUCUGCGAGAACUACGGCGCGCGCGUACUUCAGCUGUUGCGCCCCGGUGGGUUUUUCCUAGUGACCAGCUGCAACUGGACCGAGGAGGAGCUGAAGGGGUGGUUCGAGACGGACUUUGCCGAGGUUUAUGACGGUACGGAGAAGAAAAAGUUGGGCCUGAGGCAGGUAGGUAGGAUUGAGUACCCUAGUUUUAGUUUUGGGGGUGUCAAGGGGCAGACGAUCAGCACGCUUUGUUUUCAGAAAAGGGAUAUUUAAGGGGUUGAGAGGUGUGGUGGCCAAGUUGCGGAGAAAACGGGCGAGGAUAAUAUGUAAUGGGUUCAAGAGGCGAUUUGUGAAAUGCUCAAAAACCAUGUGCGGGAAGGAUGUCUGGUUGAUGGAGUACCACGUCUUGAUGCACAUAUUUGGAAAGACUACAAAUGACUUCGCAUCGGGGUUUCUAC